CCCACUGUCCGUCGUGUCCCCGAUAACAAUCGAAAUUACCGAGGGGUAUAAAUAUGGAAACACGCUUCGGAGACCAGCACUCGUCCAUUGCUCCUGCCAGCCAAGAUGAAGUUCAUUAUUCUAGCCACUCUCCUCGCCUGCGCCUGGGCUGCUCCCCAGCGCAUGGUUAUGCCCCGUCUACCGGCUUCGGUCAUCAUGAAGGGCAAAUACCAGCUGAUCCCGGAGAACAAGAUCGUCGGUGGAGCUGAAGUCGUCCCCAACUCACUUCCCUUCCAGAUUUCCCUCCAGCGUAGAAGCCUUUCCGGUUCCUACUCGCAGUCGUGCGGUGGAUCCAUCCUUGACGAGCUUACCAUCCUUGAUGCAGCUCACUGCAUUGAUGGAGCCAACAUCGCCAACUUGCGUAUCGUCGCCGGUGAACACAGCCUGUCCGUUGAAAGCGGUCUUGAGCAGAACCGACUCAUUUCUCGCACUGCCACUCACCCCCGCUACAACAGCGCUACAUACGAGGAUGACAUCUCCCUGAUUUUCUUGGAUGCUCCAUUGGACUUGAGCGUUCCAUCUGCCAAGCCCAUUGCUCUGCCACCACCUACCAGCGAAUUGGAUCCUCCUGCUGGACUCAUCAUCACCGUUUCCGGAUGGGGAACCACUAGCUCCGGUGGAAGCAUUUCUGACGUCCUUCGCAGUGUUGAUAUUCCCGUUGUCUCUGACGCUGAUUGCGACGUUGCUUAUGGAGGCACUGCUUCCUCUCCCUCUGUCUUCCCAUCCAUGAUGUGCGCUGGUGACACCACCAACGGUGGAAUCGAUUCUUGCCAAGGUGAUUCCGGCGGUCCCCUCUUCACUGGCACCGGUGAGGCAGCAGUUCAACACGGUAUCGUCUCCUGGGGUCAGGGAUGCGCUUUUGCCCGAUUCCCAGGUGUUUACACCCAGGUUUCUUAUUUCCUUGACUGGAUCGCCGCUGCCCGAGGUUAAAGAAAACGACUCUAUGUUUAAAAAACUUAACAUCAAAACACCGUCGUCUCUCCAUAAUUCUAGUUUUGAAUGACUGUUUUUCUUGUUUCUUGCGAAGAAAGUAUUCGUUGGAACGUUGCCUUGGUCGGACGAAAUAAACAUGCAAAAACCA